CCUUCUUCGCAUCUUCCCAAAAUGUCGUAAGUGUCAACUUACCAAAUGAGUAUUUAUAUCUGCAUGGUGUGUACUGGCAUUGCUGCACCCCUUUCUCUCUCCGGCCCCCCCUGCCCCCAGGUCUGAUUGCUGGGAACAGGUCCACUCUUGAUCCUGUGCUCUAGACCUGAGUUGGGUUACUGCGGAAGGGAGUCGCCUCUCUCUGGUGUCUGAACCAGCAACCCCCAUGGUGCAGCAGCCCUCCGUGCUCAUUAUAAUAAAAUCCAAGACCAUCAACUUCUUGGCACAGCCCCUGUGAGAAGUUGUACUUUCGGCGACACACCGACUGAACCGCUCCAAACCUUUCGAGAGACACUUUAGCGUUUAUUCCGAAACGUUUAGCUUUUCUUCCGAGACGCUUCAAUGGAUCACAAGCUGGAGGUUCUGGGGGUGGAGGAUGAGGCCGGAAACCCCAUCAGUGCCCUCACCAUCCUGUCCCUGCUGGAGCGGGUGGCGGGCAUCAUCGACAACGUUCAGUCUGGCCAGCAGCGCAUGGAGGAACGCCAGUUGGACCUGGAGACCAACAUCAAGGCCAUCCAGGGCGACGUGCUGAAGCUGGCCAAGGAGCACGGCUCCACCAGCGGCACGGUGGAGAAGCUGCUGCAGAAGACACGCAAGGUCAGCGCCAACGUUAAGGAGGUGCGCACACGCGUGGAGAAGCAGAAUUCCCGCGUCAAGAAGGUGGAGGUCACACAGGAGGAACUCCUGACUCGCAACAAGUUCCGCGUCGUCAUCUAUCAGGGGCAGCAUGAGAUCCCCUCGGUAGCAGUGACAAAGACUCCCAAGGGAGCCAUUGGGAUGGAGGCCCUGGAUAUUGAACCAGACACCUACGAUAUCCCUGCCGACAUCUCCUCGGAUGAGGAGUACAUGGUGGUGGAGGAAGCCGACUCAACCAGGGCUACACGCCUGAAAAAGUCCGGUAUGAAGGGCAUUGAGAGCAUCAAGGCUGCCUUCUCCAAGGAGGGCAUGACCAAGACCAAGGACAACCUGGGCACCAAAUUUCAUAACCUGGGCGAGAAGGUGGUGCCACCCGAGAAGAGGGAGAAAAUGCACCAGGCUGGCGAACGCCUCAAACAGUCCGGGGAGAGGCUGAAGGAGAACAUCGCCAAGAAGGCCCCCACCAAGGAGUCCUUCCGGAUCAAGCUAAAGAAGGAAAGGACUGUGGCGGAGGGCCAGGAGGGAGCCGAGGGUGCUGAGGAGGCAGAGGCGGUGACGCCAACCAAGGGAAGGAAAAGUCCAGGAGUCACCUACACCGAGGUGGUGACAGAAACCAAGAGGGAAGGCCCUGUGGAGGAGCCUGCCGCUAUCCGGAUAGGAGAGGAAGGAAAUUUCAGUGUGGAGCCAGUUGAUGAGGGGAAGGAGGAUGAGUAUGAAAGGAAAUAGAAGUCUGCCUGGGAUGUGGCUCCAACACACUCAAGUCACUCAACCUAAACGUGGAAAAAAAAGUUGAGCUUGUAAUGAACUGCAAGUCAGAGGGUCUGCGAUCAAAGACAGACAUUUCACUUCAUAACUAUUUGAAACAAACAGGUGCUUGGAUAUAGAUUUUGAGCAUCCUUUGAAGGGGUGAACAUUUUUGUAACUUGGUCAGUAAAUAUAACUGGUACAGUAGUUAAAGAUAGUAUUAUUAGUGAGCUUUUACAUAUAUUUUAUUAUUUACAUUAUGGGUCAUUUUCAUGGAAUAAAUUACAUUUAAGAUGAAUUUAAGUGAGGAAACCAAGAUGAACAGCUAUGAGUUAGGGUUGACAGAUCUCAAAUACCAAGAUGUGUGACUGGUAUAAAGAGGUUUCUUUGCAAUGAAUGUUCAAACAAGAAUCCACAAGUUGGAAUGUUUUUUAAACAAGUUGGCUGGAAAGAGAAAGAAAAUGAUUAACUAAAGGGGGAAAAAGCUACACAGCGAUUUUAUUGAGGAUUCUAAAUGUCAAGGAAAGUUUUGUAUGAUAUCAAUCUUAAAUCAGAAUGUAAAAUGUUGUACAUAGCAAAACCAUAAUCAUGAAAUCAUCAAGACAGAUCUCAGCUGGUCUCUGAAGAGUCUGGAAAAGUAAGGCUAUAUAAAGUUAAAUAAACAACAGACUGGGCUCUGUAUGUUUAAAAUUCAUUGAUUCACCAGGUAUCAGUGGUAGAUUAGUGAAUUAGUAUAAUACAUUGCUGUGGUUGAUAUAUGGUUAAAAGGAAGCCACAAAACAGUAUAACAUUAGGUUGAUUUCAAAUAUUGAAAAACUUUCUACAAGGGCAAACACUUGGAUUAAGAAAGUGUUAGAAUUGCAUGCAUUGUAACUGUAGGUCUGAAAUCCCAUGGAGAGCUGGUUAAGUUUGAGUUGAGAACAAGUUAUUGAAAUUGUCCAAGAAAGUAUGCACAGUUUAAGAGUAUAGAUUCACGUAAUAUGUGCAGAUAAUCCUGAAAUGCAUGUUUUAUAGAUAGUGUAAUUGCUUUAUUUUAGGAAAGUACAAAGGGAAUGAUUAAUGGUUAUUUGUUCUGUUUGUGGCACUAAGUUAAAUAAAUUAUUGGAAUGUUGUUGAAUGAAUAUACUAAUAUUUACUGAUCUUACAGAAGGUUCUCAUUUGACAACGUUUACAGUGUGUUUACUUCAUCCCGUUCAUUAGUAAAGUUACUAUGGCAAUGCAACACCACAGGGAAUACAAUGUAAUCAACAAUUGAAAUAAUUAAUCAUAAACUGUUAUUCAAAAGGGCCUCGACUGUUCAUCUACAAAAUCUUAUGCAGUACUAUACCAGAUAGAUGUCUACAAACUACUGCUCCCAAGCAAAAGUGUCUUAUUCUGUAAACAUCUACUGUACUUGUGAACUGUGAUGUGCAUUGGCGACCACAGAAAAGGAUGUUCUUACCCAAAUGUUUAGAUAUGCCAUGUAGGUUGGAUUUAUUCAGUCCAUAGGCAUUGUCAGGGAGAAGCAAAGAGUCAUUCAUCUGUACCACUAGAUCAUCAAUCAUUUAAUUUGAUAAAAUACUUCCUUUCUCAUAAGUUAUAACUUUUAGCUUUUGUUUUGGCAACCCCUAUUAACCUUCUUCUAUUAUUGUUCAAGUUUUAUUUAAAUCAACAUGAAACACUGUAGGAAUGAGCUGUUCUAUAAUUACAAUACUUUCUAUUGUCACAUUUUUUAUGUCCAUUGGGAAGAUCUCUUCUUUCAUGGCUUCGCAGAAUAUACAGACUUUUAUAAUAAAAUGCACAUUUAUAUGUAUGAACUGUAAAUGUGCAAAUUUGGUGUAAAAUCUUGGGCUGGUUUGAGGUGUACUGUAACCUAACAUUAGUUUUUCCUUCAAGAUUAAGUAGAAUAAAAUGUCCUGCCUGCUAGUUUUGAUUCUAUAGGGCUUACUAUAUGAUGGAUCAAUGGUAUUGUAUCUUUGUGAUUUUGUGUAUGCUUUAAUGACAACAAGCAAGAACUGCCAUUGAUGUGCACUGUACAAGCAGAUCUGACGGUUCAUUAUGGCUUUGUUUUUGUAUAAAUAAACGUAAAAUGCAGUA